GGCGCUGUCAGUCGUUAUCCUUAUCCUAAAGACGCUUGGUCUCCUGCAGGUGGUUGGUGGUCUCAACCUAAGAAUUGGAAAUCAAACACCCUUAUUGCAGCAUUUGGUAUGGCAAUCACACUUGGUGCUAUUUGGAAAGUCUCAGCUGAUAAAGAGAUUCGCUAUCAAGAACCCAAGCGUUGGAUUCCUUCUAUGAUGUGGGCAAAGCAAUAUAAAGAUCGACAACAAUAG